AUGCGUGCCUCCUUCGCCGCCCUCGCGCUCCUCCCCGCCUCUGCGCUCGCGAUUACCAUCAAUGGGCCGUCUGCUUCCCAGUACUGGGUUGCCAACUCGAGCAACACCAUCUCUUGGUCGUUCUCGUCUGGCGAUCCCGCCCAGGUCGACGUUAUCCUCACGAACUCCAACAACCAAACGUUGAAUGGCGAUUUCUCUAUUGCCCGCUUCCUCAACACCUCGGCCGAGUCCUUCACGGUUACCAACGUCACGAUCCGCAGCGGUGACAACUACCAGGUUGUGUUCAUCAACCCGACCAACGCGUCCCAGGUCUACGCCAACAGCUCUGACUUCAGCGUCAAGCCUGCCGGCACUACGCCGGCCGCGACUUCCUCGGCCGCCAGCUCUUCGGCGUCGUCGACGUCGCCCGCAUCCUCUGGAUCCUCGUCCGGCUCCGCCUCUGCAAGCGCCGCCUCUUCGACCCAGUCGUCCGCAGCCUCUCCCUUGGCCGGUGCUUCCUUCGGCAGCGCCAUCUACGCUCUUGGCGCCUGCGCCCUUGCGGCUGUCGGCGGUGCUCUCCUCUAA